CUUUAUGACUUAUAAGUCAAUUAAAAAAAUCCAUUCGGAAAAGCGAGUCACAUUUCAAUAAAAUAUAUUUUUUCAAACAUAUUUUACAAUAACUGAUGGCUGGUAGAUAUUUUAACAAAAACAAUUUAUUGGAAUUCUGCAAGCGCUUUACAACUAGCGAAUUCCAGCAAUUUCUGACAUUCAAUAAACAAAAUGCAGAAAAUAACAAAAGCUUACAGAAAGUGUCUGAUUUUUGGCAACUGAUCGGUUGGAAUUACUACUAUAAGCAAUUACAAGCGAAAAUGGAGCGUUUAGUCGACGAUGUCGAGCUUGGCUUUCAAGCGCUUGGACGCAAAGUACCGCCAGCCGGCAAGCAAUCACUGCGACAAGCAAAGAGAAAUGUGCAACAGCUUAUGCUUCACUCGAGGCAACGUAUACGCCAACUGGAGAAGGAUAUUGUACGCAUACGCGAUAUGCUGCCUCAAAGGGAAGCGGCUAAACAAGGAAUACGCUCAAGUCAGCUGCCAAAUACUGACUCCAUAUGCAUGAUGGAGGAGGGUAAACUAGAUAAAGGUGUCGUUGAAGCUAAUUUUCAUACUAAAAUCGAUGCAAAGACAAAGCUGACGCAUGAGUCGCACUCUACAGGCAAAUCUGAUUCUACGAAAUCAUCUCAAGUGACUUCCAAUAUAGAAAAAUCCAAAAUGCAGAAUUUAAAUACGGAUAAAAAGUUGGCAAAUGACUCAUCUUUGGUUGAAUCUGCUGUUUCCUUGCGCGUCCCUGAUGCUGAUAUACCAAGAUCACUAAUACUAAGCGCUGAUAAGGGCAACUGAGCAAAUUUUGAGGAAUUCUAUAAUACUAUGGAUGAUUUCAAAAAUAUGCUAUUCUAUAUUUUUAUAUAAAAACAAUAAUUUCUUUCAGAUUGCUUCAUUUAAGAGGUGUUUAUGUAAAUAUGAUAUUAACCAUAACCUAUAUUUUUAAUAGAAUCUUAAAAUAUUUUAAAACAAAUUUAUUAACAUGAAUCUUAAUAAAAAAUUAUAUUUCAUAGAUA